CUGAUUGCUUAUGUAGCAGUACGGUUUUCUAUCCCCUGACGUCAUCUGGCCAGCUGAUGCGUGUGUUGUUGAUGACCAUGUGUCUGCCUAUAAAAGCGUUUCAGUUCACGUUAUGCGGGUGCGUUUGUUCCAUCAGCGAGCGAGCCGCCGUACUUCCGGGUUUUUGUGUACGAAUGGUAGUAAGGGUGGACUGAGGAGCUUUUCGGGAAACCCGUCAAUCGCUGCGUGAAUGGAGACGUUUACAUUACACGUCUCCAUCUGUGCUUCGUGAGUUCCAAUACAGGUAUGUGGUGACUUUACUCCUAAUGUUAUAAAGGCUGUAAUGAUUGAGUAAAGUGCGUUAUUUUCCUAUUUAAGGUGUGGGUCAAUAUGCAAGGGACGUUACAGUGGGUUGCUGUAGUGGGCUUGCUGCUGGCUGCGUGGCUUUCUUGCGCUACGUGCAUCGCUUACACUGCUGGCUUUACCUUCUGCUUUCAACUGCAGCCGCUUUGCGCUACGUCAUCAUCUGGGCUGUACUAACUCUACUGAAGGGAUUUCGCGCUACGUCAUCUGCGCUCUGCAUUGUCUGCUUCGCUUGGGUCAGCUGGGCAUUCUAAUUUACAUUUCUGACGGGUGGCGCUCUGUGCUGCUGCUGGUUUGCGCUGUUUGCGGCGUUGCUGGUUUAUACCAGCUGAUUAACAUUGCGCUGCUCAUGUGCUAAUAGUUUACUGUUGCAGCAUUGCAGUAUUUCGCAGGAUCAGCUGGACCGUGGUCUGGACUUGGGGCGUGGUGUUUAUCCAAUUGUAGCGUGAGUAACUGAUUCAAAAUCGGCGUGUGACAGAGUAUUCAUUAUCUGACUGUCACUAGCAUUAUUCUAAUCUACUCUGAAUUCUUUGGCUCUGAUUUAUUAGUUUAUUUUUGUAUUAUCUUUAUCAUUUCUGUUGUCGUUUAUUCUUAUUAGCAUCAUUAUUCUUUAUUUACUUUUGAUUAUUUUUUUUUACUAUCUUUAAUGAUAUUUAAAUUUUUUUGGCCUUUAUUUCUUUAUUGUUUUCAGUCUUGAGCUACAGCUUUUGUUUUUUUUUGUAUUAAGCAAGUUAAGUAUUUUCUAAUUAUUAUUAUUGGAUGACCUGUGAGGUGUUCUCUCUCUGUAGAUUUCAUUGACUUUGUAACCAGUGUACUGGCUUCCUGCCUAUUGCCUGUUUGGUAGCUGGGGUGACCGGACGCGGCACCUACAGUGAUAACUUUUGGGCAGUUGAUUACAUGACAAGAACCCAGAUUGUUAGAGGUGAUGUCCCUUUUUAUUGUGUCUUUUAAAGGUUACUUAUUUGUUGUUUUGCUUUCUCUUCAGGAGUGGGUUGGCCGUAUCAGCAGAUUGUUCCUUUAAGGUGGUGGGCUCCUUACUUGGUUGCAGUGCUGUGUUCACAGUGAGGUGUGCUGUGGUGCGUGUGUGCACGUGUGAGUGCUGUGUGCUUUCUGCUCAAAGAACGUCAGGCCUUCUCCCACCCUGAAGUGUUGUUUGUCUGUCUUAUUUUCCAUUUUUACUAUUUGAUACUGUGAAUAAAAUUGAAUACAUUUUAAAUAAAGUUUUUUUCUGAUUGACUCAACUCUUGUCUGAUACCUGACCCAGUCGUGACGAACCUGUGUGCUGUUAAAUUGAGGGCAGUCCCGGGAGUAGCCCCCGGGUGGCGUAGUUGGUACAAAUCAUUAGUCAGCAUUGCCACAUUUGGCGUAUGGUCGGCAGGGUAUUCGACUGGUUAUCAGAUUCAGACUUUGAGGAGAGUUUUUCCUUUUCCCUUUCUUUUUCAGCACGCUGGUGACAGAGCAGUGAUUGGGUGAGUACUUUUGUAACACGCCAUGGAAAACGAAUUACAGGAGAUGCGGGACUUAGUUGCCCAAUUACAACUUGAUAAUGAGAGGUUGCGACAGGAGCGUGCGGCGGUUGAGCGGCCCGAUCCUGUCGCACCAUCUAGUAGUGCAGCACCAUCUGGUAGUGCAGCACGCCCAUCUACACCGCGGUCGGCUGAUGUGGCUGCCAGUACAGUCGAACGUUUUGUAUUUAUUCCGAGAGACCGACGCUGCCCAAAUUUUAAUGGCAGAUCUGGUGUCAGUCUCGAUGAGUGGCUUGAGGAGGCCCGAGCGUGUAUGAGAGUUCGUAAUAUGACACCAGAAGAGCAAGCCUUUUUCCUUUAUGAUCACCUUGAAGGAGAGGCCCGAAAUGAGAUUAAAUACCGUUCUAGUGCUGAUAAAAGCGAUCCAGACAAAAUUAUUGCAGCUUUGCGUGAAGUGUAUGGUUGUGCAGAGUCGUAUAUUGCACUGCAGGAAGCAUUUUUCUCUCGGCGACAGCGCGAGGGAGAAACAUUGUUGGAGUUCUCCUUGGAGUUGUUAGGUCUUUUUGAAAAAGUAAAAAACCAGUCGCCAUGUGAAGUUUUAAAUGGUGAUGUAAUUGUAAGGGAUCAAUUUGUCGAAUGCGUGUCAGAUAAUGCACUUCGUAGAGAAUUAAAACAAUUGAUACGACGUCAGCCCACUGUAACGUUGCUAGAGGUUCGAGGAGAAGCGAUCCGUUGGGAAAGAGAGGGGUUACCAGGGGGUGUUAGGGGUAGAAGUCAGUCAGUCCCCCUGGUGAGUGGAAUCCAGUAUGAGGUCCGGGGAAGUCCAGAGAUGGGUUGGGCUCAGAGAAAUCGUACAUCUGAGUUAAGUGAGCUACGAGAAAUACUGCAUAGGCAGCAACAGCAGCUAGAUUUGCUUACCCAGACUAUCGCCCGGAAUCAAACUACCUUUUCCCAUGGUCGUGCACCUCGUCCAACUCAAUUAAUCUGUCGACGGUGUCAACAACCGGGUCAUUUUGCACGGGAGUGCGAUGGGGAGCGUCGUCCGCCUCGUGCUCCGCCAGGCCCGGUUGUUGCUCCUUCGGCCGGUGAACCAAGGUCCUUGCCUGGCCCUAACCGUCCGGAAAACUAGUUCCUACCGAGCUGCUGAGCCACAGCUCGGUAGGGAGUGCGCGUGGCUCUCGUAUUGUUCAUGGUAAUGAGACGGGUUCCCGACUAGUGUCCUCAUGUCCACGCCUUGUUGUAAAUAUUGGGAGGGUUUCAGUGCCCUGUUUGGUUGACACUGGUUCCAUGGUGUCGACCAUCACGGAAACAUGUUUCCGGUUGAUGUUUGAGCCAUGGGGCCAGGGUCGUCUGCAAUCAUGUCACUGGCUGCAGCUCCGAGCAGCAAAUGGAUUGGAAAUUCCAUAUAUUGGGUAUCUUGAAUUAGAUAUCGAGCUGUGCGGUAGUACAAUUCCUAAUUGUGGAGUAUUGGUGGUCCGUGAUCCUCCGGGCAGUGGCCCGGACGUGCCUGGUAUUCUAGGCAUGAAUGUUCUUAGCCGCUGCUACCGGGAACUGUUCGGUCGUCAUGGAUCCACGUUAUUUGAGUUGCCAAGUUUGGCUGAGGAUGUGAACAUGAUUCAGGUAUUUCAGAAUUGUCAACAAGCUGUU